AUGAACGGCUUCGACGGCUUCGACGAGAAGCAGGGCCUGGAAGAGGACGUGUUUGGGCCCAAGACGGGCAGCAUAGUGCAGGCGUUUGACGCGUUUCCCAAGGCAAAGCCGCAGUAUGUGCAGCGGACGGCGGGCGGAGGCAAGUGGACGGUGGCGAUGAUUGUGGUGUCGCUGCUGUUAUUCUGGACGGAGCUGCGGCGGUGGUGGGCGGGCUCGCAGGAGCACACGUUUGCGGUGGCCAAGGGGGUGGGCCACUCGAUGCAGAUCAACAUGGACAUUGUGGUCAAGAUGCGGUGCGACGACCUGCACAUCAACGUGCAAGAUGCAGCAGGCGACCGAAUCAUGGCAGCGGCAAAGCUGCAGCGUGACGCGACGACAUGGGCGCAGUGGGUAGACCACGGUGGCAACCAUCGGCUCGGCCGGGACACGCAGGGCCGAAUGAUCACCGGCGAGGGCUGGACGACACUGCCGCACGAAGAGGGCUUCGGCGAGGAGCACGUACACGACAUCGUGGCGCUGGGCCGUCGCAAGGCACGCUGGGGCAAGACGCCACGACUGCGCGGCGCUGCUCCUGACAGCUGCCGCAUCUUUGGCAGCCUCGACCUGAACCGGGUGCAGGGCGACUACCACAUCACCGCGCGCGGCCACGGCUACAUGGAGAUGGGCGAUCAUCUGGACCACACCUCUUUCAACUUUUCCCACGUGGUCAACGAGCUCUCGUUUGGCCCGUUCUACCCGUCGCUCGUCAACCCGCUCGACCAGACGGUCAACGAGGCGACGGCAAACUUUUACCGCUUCCAGUACUUCAUGUCGAUCGUGCCGACGGUCUACAGUGUCGGCCACGCCGGCAGCCGUAGCGCGCGGUCGAUCGUGACGAACCAGUACGCGGUGACGGAGCAGAGUGCCGAGAUCGACCAGCGCGCCAUUCCCGGCAUCUUUUUCAAGUACGACAUCGAGCCGAUCCUGCUGUACAUCGAGGAGUCGCGCGACGGCUUCCUGGUGUUCGUGCUCAAGAUUGUCAACGUGCUGAGCGGCGCCCUGGUCGCCGGUCACUGGGGCUUCACCAUCUCAGACUGGCUGCGAGAAGUGCUGAACCGACGGCGGCGACGAGUCGGAACAGACGGCGUGCUGGGGCACAAGAGAGAUACGUCGGACUAG